AUGUUUCCCCGCGACGUCUACACCUUUUACGACGAAGACGAGCAAACGUGGCGUGGCCGGGACCUUCCGGCGUUGUACAACACGAACCAAAGUGUCGGGAAGUUUGUGUGGAGCCUGUUGAGCCGGGCUCCCUGGAAAAUCGCCCAGAUUAGUGCCGAAAGUGGCGUUCGCGUGACGUACAACGAGAUGUGGUUAAGGUCCAUUCGGGUGGCGCAAAACUUAGCCUCAAUUGUGGGUAUCCAGAAGGGCGAUAUGGUUGCCAUCGUGGCACGGAAUAAUGAGAAAGUGGCGCCUGUGGUGUUUGGCUGUUUAAUGCUGGGAAGCCCGAUUAACACGUUGGAUCCGAGAUUUCUCCGAGAAGAUUUCGCGCACAUGUUCGAAACUAUCAAACCGAAGUUGGUAAUAUGCGAAGGAGAUCUGGUGGAAGAGGUGGUUGGAGCAUUUGAAAUGGCUGAUAUUUCUCCGGAGUUGAUUGUGUUUGGACCGAGAAUUAAUGGAUACGGAAAGGUCGAUGACUUGCUGGUGGAGACUGGCACGGAAAAACACUUUCUGCCAACGAUGAUUGACGACCCCGCCAAUAAGUUAGCCGUCGUGCUCUGUUCCUCCGGAACGACGGGCAAAUCGAAGGGUGUAUGUUUGUCGCAUGGUCUUUGCGUGGCGAAUAUGUCCCGCAUUUUCACUUGCUAUGAAUCGGAUCGCGUGCUAUGUUUGAGUUCCUUGUACUGGAUAUCUGGGAUUGGGACGCUCAUGACGGCAACUGCAGCGGGUGCGACAAGAGUGAUCACGACAGAACCGUUUAGUGCGGGGAUGAUGAUUGAUCUCAUCGAACAGUACAGAGUGAAUGUGAUCUUUUUUCCUCCUUCACAUGCGUUGGCAAUUUUGAACGAACCAACCGUAGGAAUGGUUGAUUUUUCGAGCCUGCGAAUGGUUCUUUGCGGUGGAGGACCGGUUUCGGCGGAUUUGAAGCGAUCAUUUGAGAUGUAUUUAUCCAAGGGUAGGUUUCACGUGGUUUAUGGCAUGUCGGAGUUGGGUGGAGUGUGCUGCAUGAGUGAAAUCGCCUACAAAAAUGGGUCGGUUGGGAUUCUCACUGAUGGGGCAAUGGCGAAGGUUGUUGAUGAUGAAGGCAACGUGGUUCCAUUCAACCAAGAAGGAGAAUUGUUCGCCAAGACGGAAUAUAUUUUCAUGGAAUAUUUCGGCAACCCGGAGUCAACCGAGGAGAUGAAAACCGAAGAUGGAUGGUUGCGAACUGGUGACAUCGCACGGGUAGAUGAGGAUGGUUUGUUCUACAUAGUGGAUCGUAAGAAAGACAUCAUUAAGUAUGCUGGCUACCAAAUUUCGCCGACGGAGAUUGAAACCGUUAUUAUGAAGGUGCCCGGGGUGGCUUCGGUUUGUGUGACAGGUAUUCCAGUUCCCGGGAACGAUCUACCGGUGGCAUUAGUGGUAAAGGCUUCGGAUUCAGAGGUGACCGAGGAGAAGAUCAUACAGAUGGUGGCCGAGAAUAUGGUGGAUUUUAAACAUUUGAGAGGAGGAGUUUAUUUUGUGGAUGCUUUUCCAAUGACUCCUUCGGGAAAGAUUCUGCGUCGAGUUUGUCGGAAUAUGGCAGUGGAGCUGUAUAAUGAGACAAAUGGAGUUUGAUUCAGGCCAUUCAGACAGGGAUGGGAUAAAUCUAAUUUUCAAAGAAAAUCAAAUCGUAUUUUCAAAUUGAAGCACUUAUCGUUACUUUUGGUGAUUAUUUUUCCACAUAUGUACCAUUAAAUAGCAUUAACAAAAAUAAUGUUGGAGGUGAUUAAUGGCAUUCAACCGGUAUAAAAAAAUAAUUAUGAAAUCUUCUCAC